ACAUUUCGCUGCCGAGUCGCAGAGAGGCGCCCACGGCUCCCAUCCAGGCCCCGCGCUCCCUGCGACCGAUUGCUCCGCUCGCAAAAUCCCACUCGGCAAAUUGUUCCCCGCCGCUUUGCGUUCAUUAACAACCGGUUAUAUAUUUAGUUUUUUACCACCCCAAUAAUAUAUUUACAUAUAGUUGAACUGUUCUGAUCGUUUAUUUCGCCGAUUGCUUAUUCUGAAGAUUUUUAUCAUUUUUGGAGGAUAUUUCAUGAAAUUAUAGAAGCGUUGGCUGCUUCAGUCUUUUUUAUAAUAAUUAUAAUAAUUAUUAAAUGACAUUUAAUUAUUAUUAUAAUUUAGGACCACAGGCUCGGUAGUGAAUUUCAAGCGAAGUUGCUGACCUUCAGUCGGAACGACGGCCUCAUUCGCUUGACGGACCAAGCCCCCGCCUGCGAUGAUGUCACGGGACAUCAGAGAAUCCAGCAACAUGUUCUGAUCGCGUGUCAUGGCGAAGUCGGAAAGCCAAAUGGACAUCGUGGAGAAGCAGACGAAGCCGCGGCGCCAGCGGCUGUCGGCGCCGCUGCGACUCGGCGCGGCGCUCCUGCUGUGCGCCCUCACGUGCGCCGUGGUGGUGCUCGCCGUGCUCUACGUGGCCGAGCGAGAGAAGAGGGCGUCUUGGAAUGUGUGCAUCACUCCCGAGUGCAUCGCGGCCUCGGCGCGCAUCCUGGACGGCAUGGACUCCAGCGUGGACCCGUGCCAGGACUUCUACGGCUUCGCGUGCGGCGGCUGGCUCAAGAAGCACGUGAUCCCUGAGCGCAGCUCCUACUACAGCACCUUCGACAUGCUGCGGGACGACAUGGAGGUCGUGCUCAAAGAUGUCCUCGAAAGGCCGGACACGGGCAACCGUGAAGCCAUCAGGAAAGCCAAACGGCUGUACAGAUCCUGCAUAAACGAAUCUGCCAUAGAGGAGAGGGAUUCGGAGCCGCUGCUGAAUCUCCUGGACGGGAUCGGCGACUGGCCCGUGACCAACGACAACUGGACCACGACUCACGGGGGCGACUGGCGGCUGGACAACGUCCUCGCCAAGCUGAACGCCGUCUUCUGGAAGAGGGUCAUCGUGGACAUGUACGUGGGGCCUGACGACGAGGACUCCAACAAGCACGUAAUCCACGUUGAUCAGCCAAUGCUUGGCCUCCCCUCCAAGGAUUAUUACUACGGUGACGGCAAUUACAGAACGGCUCGCGAGGCCUACCUGCAGUUCAUGGUCUCCAUGGCCACGAUGCUGAGGAGCGACCGCAAGCGGCCCAGGAGCGAGGAGGCCGUCCGCGAGGAGAUGGCCACGGUCCUGGAGCUGGAGGUGGCGCUCGCCAACAUCACGACGCCCACCGAGGAGCGGCAGGACAUCACCAAGAUGUACAACAAGAUGGCCCUGAGCGAGCUCGAGGACAAGUUCAAGCUCCCCGGCUUCGAGUGGACGCGGUUCGUGCGCUCCGUGCUGGCGAGCGUGAACGUGACGGUGCCGAGCGAGGAGAGCGUCGUGGUCUACGCGCCCGAAUACCUCGCCAAGCUGCCCGCCGUCCUCGGCAAGUACCCAGCGAGAGUCCUCCAGAACUACAUUGCGUGGAGGCUGGUGAAGGAGAUCGUGUUCACGCUGAGCCAACGGUACAAGGAGGUUCACUCCAGCUUCAAGAAGGCGCUGCUCGGCACCACGUCGGAGGACGCGCGGUGGCGCGAGUGCGUGGGAGGCGUCAACUCGAACAUGGAGAACGCCGUGGGGUCGCUCUACGUGCGCCAGGUGUUCGCCGGCGAGAGCAAGCAGAUGGUGGACGAGAUCAUCGGCAGGAUAAGGCAGGUGUUCAUCGAGAAGCUGGACGAGAUGGAGUGGAUGGACGGCUCCACCAAGGUCAAGGCGCAGGAAAAGGCGGAAAGCAUCAAGGAGAUGAUUGGCUACCCGGAUUACAUCCUGGAUGACGACGACCCCAAGUUGGACGAAGAGUACAAGAACCUGAACUUCGGCGAGGCGUCGUACUUUGAGAACACGCUGGAGAACAUCCACGACGGCGUGCAGAAGAGCCUGCAGAAGCUGCGCGAGCCGGUCAACAAGGAUGCAUGGGUGGGGGGAGCUGCGGAGAUCAACGCCUUCUACACACCGAGCCGCAACAAAAUCGUUUUCCCGGCUGGAAUUCUGCAGCCGCCCUUUUUUUCCAAGGGGCAGCCGCGGUCGCUGAACUACGGCGGCAUCGGCAUGGUGAUCGGGCACGAGAUCACGCACGGCUUCGACGACAACGGACGCAAUUACGACAAGGACGGGAACCUCAACAACUGGUGGUCCAACUCGUCGGCCGUGAGCUUCAAGAAUCUCUCCCGGUGCAUGGUCCAUCAGUACGGCAACUUCACCUGGGACAUAGCCGGGCGGCAGAACCUGAGCGGCGUCAACACGCUGGGAGAGAACAUCGCCGACAACGGCGGCAUCCGACAGGCGUACCAGGCGUUCAAGAAGAUCGCGGCGGAUGAGAAGGAGGAACCCACACUCCCGGGCCUCAACUUAAACCACAAGCAGCUCUUCUUCCUCAACUUUGCCCAGGUGUGGUGUGGCACGUACCGACCAGAGUCGGCCAGCAUCUCCAUCAAGGCCGACUCCCACAGCCCCGGCCAGUUCAGGGUCACCGGCGUCCUGCAAAAUUUCGAGGAAUUUGCGGAGGCGUUUCAGUGCAAAGCCAACGAUUUCAUGAGCCCAAGAACGAAGUGCAGAGUUUGGUGAGGCACAAACCCACGGAGGGAGACUACAAAACGGAACGCUCGGAAGACCUGCAGCGGAGAACGAGGAAUACACAUAAUGGACCUACACAGCACCGAGAUUUUCCUGCAGAUUUAGGAAAGUUACAGGCCUCGUGUGCUGCAUUCACAGAUUGCAACUUCGCCUUACAGGCAAAAGGCAAGGUGGGAAGGCUCGGUAAAAGAUGGACAACCCCCAAACAGUAUUUAGGUAUCGCUUGGCUAUUACGCUCGUAAAACUGCCAAAGCCUGCGCUGUAGGCCUCGCAAACUGAACUGCUUUGCUUGAAAAUGAACAGCACCUCCGGGUGGUGUUUGUGUGCCGGCUGUAGUGUUCGUGUACGAGUGUCGGCCUGGUGCGUUUUAUUUUGCCUCUCGUCGCAUUACGACGGCUCAGGGCCUGCGGCUCAGGCCCUGCCUGCCCCCCACCCCGUAAGCAGAACUUUCCCGCGUUCGGUUUUAAAACCUGGGUUGCCGCACGCAGGUCCACAGGCCCGAGAGCGCGGGGGACCUGGGGUAAUGACUGUUAACGCAACCGGACUCCUGGCUGAGCUUUUCUGAAGGCGCAAAAUAUCCUAAAUCGUGUUGCCGUAAUUUUUUCACUCGAUUUUGUAGCUAAAACAUGGUGCAACGAGGCUGCGGCCUGCCUGCCUAGGUAGAUAACUUGAUGACCUUUCCGUUUCAUCGCUGUUAUGCGUGCUCAAUGUUUUAUUCUGCCACGCGCGAGCCGAAACCCGCCAGGUUCGGCUUCACGAGCGCAUGAGAACGCUCAACGGCGCAGAACUGUCUGCAACCCGAGCAACUCAGGCGGCGAGAAUACCGACGGUGCAUUGUUAACCCGGCUGGCGGGCUGACUGACAGAUGGCCCAUCGUGCCCGCAAGCCUGGCAGCAGGCUGUCGGUGCGCGCUGCAGAGUGGGCCUCAAUUACGCCGUGCGUAGCCCAGGCGCGGGAUUUGGCGGCCACUCUGACCAGGAUAUAGUCCUGAGGACCGACAGGGUGACUUGGCACUAGUCAGACAGGCCCGCAGUCGUGAGUGGCAAAAAGCUGAAGAUUCCCGGAGAAGUACGUGGCAAAAAGCUUGAGAGAAGAAAGUGCCGAAUACGUAGGCGAGCACUUGGACUCGUGAUGGUGAAGCGUGCCGAGCGAGCUGCCUGGGUCCGGAUCGACGUGGCGAGCCUCGUGCAGCGAGGGUUUAGAGUGCCGGGGAACCGCACCGACUGGAGCCACCAUCAGUGUCAAUACACUCGUAGCAGUAACCCGCACGGGAGUGCGAUAUUGUGAUAGACACAUAUAUUUAAUCUAUAUAUAGUAUAUGCGUUAGAUGUACAGUUUAUAUAACAAUUUUAUUUAGACCUGUAAUAUAUAUGACACGCACAACAUAGACCACCCCCCCCAACCGUCGUAUAGCCUUCAACAGACUAUUGGGGCUGUUAGCGAGCACCUAUUAAGGCUGACAUGGCACACCAGGGCUGGGGCAGUUACCACCACGCCCGGCCGCCGUUGUCUCCCCAAUGCUGGUGUUUAUACACCUGCACCAGGUACUCAUUUAAGGCUUAGUCGAUCUAGGGGAGGCCCAGGAGACGGUUCAGAUAUUCGUCACCGUUGACUCGCGAGCGGGAAUCCUUAGCGCGGCGCGCUAGCCACCGCACCCGCCGCUCCCCACGCACGCACAUCCACACAUUCACAUUGGGCGAGCAAUUUAGACAUUCGUGGGCACGUCACGAACAUCGUGAACGUUCGUUUGGUGAGGUGGGAGAAGCUCUCCUCCCAGUAGGAGAUUUCCAGACCACACGGGAGUCUGAGAACAUUGGAGGCCUUCUGCAGAGGCGCCACGGUGGAAAGAUGUUAACUACCUCGCCUGGUAUACAGGAGGUCGUGGGUUUGUUGCUGACUCUGACGCCUGCUGCUGUAUAUUUGGAGUUUGCGUCUCUCUCUCCCCGUGGUCGCGUAGAUUUUUCUCCGGGUCCUCCGGUUUUUCCCUCCACAUUUAUAAACAACGUGCGCUUCGGGUAGUUGCCUGAUAACAAAUUUCCACGCGAUAAGCCACUUCGUUGAGCUAUCAUUCGUGAUAGCCAGUUUGCUUCUGAAAAAUAACUAGAGCAUAGUGGGCCCUACCUGGUAAAAAAAAAUAUUUGUAUUUUUUGUUUGUUAUCAAGCUGGGGUGGACCAUACGCCCACUGCCCGAUUCACCUUACGGUCAUGGCCUGGCACCCUUCACACGUCCAAUCGUUCAGCUCUGUGACCAAUCAGAUGGCCCGUGUGGGCAACCAUUUUUAAACGUCAUACGACCCUGUUCGCAGAUGAUCGCGUGAUAAUGGUGGGCCCAAAUUGAAUACGUGGGCUUUCGUCAGCCUCGUUAUUUACUGUAACGUUUCUGUUGUUGUGGGUUAGUAAUGGCGUCAAUGUAAGUGUGUCGUACGCCCACCCGCAACCGACAAGGCCAAUCGGGCAAUUGCCUGGCGAUGAUUGCCUGAUGAUGCUGGUUGUUGUCAUCGCUCAAAUUGUACAUGUUGCGAGUUUUGUUCUCUAACACACAACCGGUGGUGCUCAACUAGUCACUAAUUGGCACGUUCUGAUCACGUGACACACUGUACUAAUUGUCUGUGUCGGGUGGAGAAGGGUGUAUGACACAUCUACGCGAUCUAACCAGUGGCGUAAGGAGCGUGGGGGCGGGGGGUGCCUUGCCCCCCGUCUCCCCUGGUGGCCAAAGCUACGAGUUGAAGCCCCCUUCACAACCACCAUGGGAUUUGUUUCCAACAACAGUGUCAAAGAACAACAACACUCAUUUAAAAUGCGGUUUGAAUUAAUUUUUCUGUGAAAAUGCUUUCAUUAACGUUUCCACGUUUUUAUUUUAAUUUAACUAGAGCGGUAACAUUUGGCUUCCGCAAAUUGCGCAUCGCGUGUUUGUGUCGAUGCUGUUGUCUUCAUCACAGUGUAACCAGCUGGAACAAGCAGAGCUGUAGUUGGCUGCGUUUUGAGAAGACGCAGCGCCCCUACAGCGUUAAAUGUUGGAGACCGUGAGCGUGACGAUGAUACGAUCAGGCAAGUGGAGCUUCGAUCUAGAAUCGCCUAGGUGAGAUCGUGCGAGACAAAUCGAAAAUUGGGGCCCCACCUGAUUGAUUGCCGUUCCCCCUGAGCUGACAAUGUCGUUACUACACCACUGAUAGUGUAGUUACUAUGCCACUGAUAAUGUUACUACGCCACUGAUGAUGUCGUUACUACGCAACUUGAUCUAACUCACACACAACUUUAUCCUAAUAGGCCUAGUUCCACACUGGUACAAGCGAAUAUCUGUUCUGUAUCUGUUCCACUGAGAAUCAAAUAUAUAUUGAGAAAUAUAAGAGGAAUAUCUUUCGGGGCAUCCCUUGUGUGCUUCGCGAAGGUGCGUUCCCCCAGUGCUUAAAAUAAUAACGAGGAUUUCGAUAUCCUAGAGAGGAGCGCUUGGGGCUGGGCAGGGCACGCCGUGGGUUGGCAAGGAUGGAGAUGAUGGGCAAGAGUGGACAGGAGUUGCAGUCAAAGGAGCGGGUCGCGUCCGAGACAGAGGACCCCGCCGAUAGAGAUGGAGCGGCGAAAUCAGCUGUCGCGAGCGUGGGUGCCAGGUAGAUUGUUGCGCCACCGCCGUGAGACACGUGAGAGGGUUCGUUUUGGGAGGGUUUCGUCUGAUUGUAUAGGGCACCUUAACUCAAGGCGCUCUCUGAUGAACGAGCAACAGCGAGAACUACGGUGGAGUGACUUAGAUGGCAAUGGGGCGUUCGAAGGCCGAGGAAUGAGUGACCGUGACAGAGGACACGUGGGGGUCACGAAAAGGGCGAUAGGGGAGGGACGGGAAGGAGUGGAAGGGCGAUCGGGAGAUAAUAGGAAGGGCUUCAAGAGAGUUGAUGGUGCAGUGUUGAGUCUAUGGGCAGCGUUGAGUCUAUGGGCAGUGUUGAGUCAAUGGGUUGUGUUGAGUCAAUGGGUUGUGUUGAGUCUAUGGGCAGUGUUGAGUCUAUGGGCAGUGUUGAGUCUAUGGGUUGUGUUGAGUCAAUGGGUUGUGUUGAGUCUAUGGGCAGUGUUGAGUCUAUGGGCAGCGUUGAGUCUAUGGGCAGUGUUGAGUCAAUGGAUUGUGUUGAAUCGAUGGGCAGUGUUGAGUCGAUGGGCAGGCUUGAGUCUAUGGUGUAGUGCUAAGUCUAUGGGAUAUGCUGCUCAAUGGGCAGGUGACGUUGAUUCCAGUAGAGGGGUGCAAGGAGGGAGACAGAUCGAUGAUCAAUCCACUGCUGGAUUGACGAUGUAGUGGAAGUUUCCAGUUGAAUUCGGAAUUUAUUUGCUUGUUUUAGUGUUUCACGAACGCAGACGGCCGGACCGAAUGAAACAUCGAAGCAUAAAAACUAUUUUUAAAAACGUAACAAAGAAUUGUUGCGACCAAACACGAUGUUUUUACUACGCGACCUUUACGCAAGUGGGCCCCUCUUGGAUGACGAUGAUGAUGAUUUAUGGCGCUCCCUGCCCCCCACGUGUGGCGUCGACGUCGCUGUGGUUACCUUCGUUAGCUUUGAAAACAAGUUGUGUUUGGCACUAAACAAGUAGCGGCCCGGCUAAUGACUCUGUCCCUCGGCGUGACCGCGGCGGCCACGCACUCUGUGACCCUCUCCUCCCGAUUGUAAAACAAAAACACAAACGGUCCGGAGAUUUGGGAGGAUGACGCACCGAGAGCUUGUCAACUCGUGCCCAGAGUUGUCAACAAAGUUAAACUAAUGUGGUCACAAAGACAAAGAUCCCCCCCCCGCCCGUUAGCCUUAAAAUAAUGUAGGGGCAAGUGCUGUUAGCGAGUAGCACCUACGAAAGGCGGCACGGCGCACGAGGGGGUGGGUGGUCAGUACUCGGCCCGGCCGCCUUUGUCUUCCCAGUAACAAUGUUUUCACACCGCUGAAAGUACUCAUUCGAGGGCAGAGUGGACCUAGGGGAGGUCCAGAACCGGUUCAGAUAAUCAUCACCGGUGUUGGCCGUGAGCGGGAAUCGAACCCGACGAGUCCGCCGGAUGCGUAUCCCAGACGCGCCAACCUCUACCCCACCGCUCCCCACCGACACACACACGCGCGCGCGCGCUCACCUACCGGAUUAUAAGACGCACCGCCGCCCACAAUCAUGACUUUGAAUUCACAGGGAGGGUGGUGGUGGCUGGGGGAGGGGGGUGACCGAGUGCACCGUGUUCUCUGGAGAAUGCGGUAACGUUGUUCAUCACUCGAACCCGAGCAGGCGGCUGCUCAGCGGCAGAGCCUCUGAGAGGCUCGCGAUGGGGAAGGUCACGAAUCCAAAUCCUGGUUGAU